UUCUGCUUCAACCGCCUGGCUAGAACAGUGGUGACCAGAGCAUCCUAAUCUCACUUUCAUACACACUUUCUCUUCAUUCCCCUCAAAGCUCAUCUACUUCAUGGACAGAGAAUCGCCAGCCUCUUCAUCAUCAUCAUCAUCAACAACAAGCACAAUGACCAGCAACAAUCUCCCACCACCCGAAGAUGCUUGGCUUAAUACCUGCCACAAGCUGCUGCCUCGUUGGGAAUCUCAUUCCCUUUCUCAUCAGUCAACAAUUCCUAUUUCUAUAUCAAGAGUUAACCAAGUUGAUGCUGCUAGGCUCGAUGUUGAAAUGUCAGCUAUGUUGAAGGAACAGUUGGUUAAAGUGUUCUCUUUGAUGAAGCCAGGAAUGUUAUUUCAGUACGAAGCUGAGCUUGAUGCUUUCCUUGAGUUUCUUAUUUGGAGAUUCUCAAUUUGGGUUGAUAAGCCAACUCCAGGAAUUGCUCUCAUGAAUCUGCGGUAUAGAGAUGAGCGUGCAAUUGAACCAAGAGAAAAGGUCAGAACCGGUCUUGAGGGUCCUGGACUCACUGUUGCUCAGAAGAUUUGGUAUUGUAUUGCAACCGUUGGUGGUCAGUAUAUCUGGGCCCGCAUUCAAUCCUUUUCCGCUUUUCGUCGGUGGGGUGAUUCUGAUCAGAGGUCACUGGCACGCCGGGUAUGGAUCCUUAUACAACGUAUAGAAGGAAUUUAUAGAGCUGCUUCAUUUGGCAACCUGUUGAUAUUUCUUUAUACCGGAAGAUAUAGAAAUCUCAUUGAAAGAGCUUUACGAGCUAGGCUUGUCUAUGGGAGCCCAAAUAUGAAUCGUGCUGUUAGCUUUGAGUAUAUGAACCGGCAGUUAGUUUGGAAUGAAUUCUCGGAAAUGUUGCUGUUGCUUCUUCCUCUUCUUAAUUCAUCGUCUAUGAGAAAUCUCCUUCGACCAUUUUCGAAGGAUAAAUCCUCAAGUUCAGAUCAGGAUGACAACAUUUGCCCCAUUUGUCGUUCUACUCCAACCGUUCCUUUUGUUGCUCUCCCUUGUCAGCACAGAUAUUGUUAUUACUGUCUUCGAACACGCUGUGCUGCUGCUCCAUCAUUUAGAUGUUCCAGGUGUAGUGAGCCAGUCGCUGCUAUGCAGCGGCAUAAUGGUGGUGUCACAAAUGGAUGAUUCAUGCGCAGGGAGAACAACGGAAUAGUAUUGAAGAGCAUUUGAUCAACAUACAGAAUUAGCGAUAUAUAAAACACUACCCAGAAUCAGGGUGGUAUUCUUUGUCCCUUUUGUGUUGCUUCCCUCUUAAUAUAUUUUUUACGAAGAAAUCCAUAUCUCAUUAUAGAUUUGUAGUUAUAGGUUUAUAGCAUCUCUUCAUCCAUUGAGUGAUGUAUCCUAUUUUGUAGCAAUUUCCGGUGUUUCCACGCCGUUCUCUCUGUUUUUCUUAUUUAUUUUUGCAAAUCAAGUUAUAGUCAUUCAUAUAA